GGUAACAUUAAAUUAUUACUAUAAUUUAUAAUCACUAACAAUAAAAGUUAACUCUCAUUAGUCCCUUUAUAAAUCCGAGAUGUGUUUUGAUGAAAGCACAGAUUUAUAUAUAGCUGAUAAGUGAGCAUUUAUCAUCCAAUAGCCAGCUCCCUUCAACAAAAAAGAAAAAGCUCUAACUCCCAAACAAUAUUUAAUGGCUGAUCAGUCAGAACCAUUGCUGUUGUCUGCCGAUGAUUCCGACGUCGACCACAAAACCAGACCAGAAGCUUUAACUUUCGACAACAUUGUCGAACAGAGUCUAUCAGAUUUUGGGUUCUGGCAACUCUUCCAGGUAAUCCUCGUUGGAGUCGCUUUGUUCUUCGAUGCUCAGCAAAUAUUCAUCACCGUUUACACAGACGCAUACCCCACGUGGCACUGUCUUAACCACACGAUCUGCGAUCAUUCCACUUCCGACAUCUGCCGGCUCCCAAGAUCAGCCUGGGAAUGGGACGGUGGCUCCAAGGACAAAACCGUCAUUUCAGAUUUUGGACUCGAGUGCUCGAGCUCAUUACUCAGAGGUAUGCCUACCUCUGCUUUCUACAUCGGUGGCAUUGUUGGUGGAUUCGUUCUAGCUUUAAUCCCAGAUGAUUCCUUGGGCCGCAAGAAACUAGUAUUGUUCUCAACCUUUGCAAUGUCAAUCACUUCAAUCUCUGUUAUUUUCUCAACCAACGUAUGGAUCUACACAACGCUAAAGUUUAUCAUCGGGUUCUCGAGAUCACAGACAUGGUCAUACGCGCUGGUUCUCAUCAGUGAGCGAGUCUCCACCAGAUGGAGACCGAGAGCUACGAUGAUUCCAUUUACCUUUUUUGUUUUAGGGUUUAUGUCAUUGUCUGGAAUCGCCUUCCUUGCUCAACACUCUUCAUGGAGAUUUCUGUAUCUAUACACAGCUGUUCCCGCAAUAUUCUACUGUAUCUUCCUCUACAUAUUCGCACUCGAAUCACCUAGGUGGCUUCACAUGCAAGGAAACGACGAAGAAGCUAUUAAUGUUCUCAAAAGCAUGUCAUCCAAGAACAAACCCUACUUGGAAUCACUAGUUUCUCAGUUACCUCCGGAGCAAGAAACCUCUGAAGAACUGCCAAGGUACUCUAUAAUUAAGGACUUCUUCUUCCGAAAGUGGGCUUUUCGGAGGAUUGUAGUUGUUAUGAUCAUACUGUUUGGGUUGGGAAUAUCAUACUAUGGAGUUCCAUUAGCCGCUAGAGAUAUAGACGUCAACAUCUACUUGAGCGAAACCCUAAACGCAGUGGUGGAGUUGCCUACUUUCAUUAUCACUCCGAUCAUAUUAGAGAGGUUCAACAGAAGAAGCUCUGUUCUAGUGAAUACCUUACUAGGUGGAGCAUCGGGAGUGCUAUGUUUCGUUCUCAGCCUUCUAGGAAAAACAGGAAUCGCGUUUGCGUUUGAGCUAGCGACAUUUUUCUGUGCAAGAAUCGGAUUCAACCUAAUGGCGGUUUAUAUGGUUGAAAUGUUUCCUACUUGUGUAAGAAGUUCCGCGACAAUGAUGUUUAGACAGGCUCUUGUCGUUGGAGGAGCUUGUUGUCCGCUCAUUGCUUCCAUUGGGAGAGAUUUACCAUCAGUAUCCUUUGCGAUUUUCGGAGUUGCCAUGUCAGGUUUUGGAUUGUUCGUUUUGGUUCUACCCGAGACAAAAGGUUCAAGCCUCUGUAAUACAAUGGAAGAACAAGAGAAGAGAGAUCAAACCAUAAACACUAGCCAUUGUUGAUGAAUUUAGAAGUUUAGAUUAUAAAUGCUCUAUCUUUAUAUGUUUUCAAAUAUUUGUGGUGUCUGUGUUGAUGUAAAAGACUUAUAAGAAGUGAGUUGAAGUUGAAGUAUUGUUGUGUAAAACUAAAUAAUAUUUUGUUAUUCAUCCACAAAGAUAUCAAAUGAUUCUCAGUGGUACUACUGUUUCUGUUUUUGUUUGGUUUCUCUCAACAGUUUUGUAAUGAUUCAAAGCUGAUCUCUUCUCUCUUGCUCGCUGAGCAGAACAAUGAACUGUUGAUGAGAUUUUCUCAUUGAAACCUCCUGGAACAAACCCAUUACCUGAGGCACAUGCGGCCGUAGAGGCUAAGAAAGAGUCGAACCAUGUCCAGGGUGAUAGCCAACACGGCUGUGGCCGUGGAAAAUGGCAUGGACGUGGUUGUCGAGGCUGAAACUCGUUUGGUCGAGGCCGAGGCAGCUCAUAUGGCCGUGGCCAAGGAAACUCUUAUGGAAGCCAUGGUCAUGGCCGAGGCCGUCGUACAUCUUUCAAGCCACAAAACUCGACCAAAUCCGUGUGCCAUAGGUGUGGAAUGGGUAACCAUUGGGCUAAGACAUGUAGGACUCUCAAACAUCUCGUUGACCUCUACCAAGAGAGUUUGAAAGGGAAUAAUCCUGAAGCUCAUAUGACUUAUCAAGAUGGUGAAGAUGAUUUCAAUCAUGAACAAGACGAUCUCAUGGAGUAUGAAACGUCUGAUUGUUUAAAAGAAUGAAGUUCAAUACGACAUCUAUGUUUUUGUGUUCUUUGCUUUGUGUUUUCUAUGUUUUGAUUGCUUUGAACUUAUUUUAUUAAUGAAUGAAAGUUUUUGAUAUAAAAGUCUCUAAAGUCUCAUAGAGGGCUACGGCCAGGCUAAUAUCAUGUUGCCUAAGGGUACACAUCUAGAGAUAUCUGAGGCAUUGUAUUCACCCAGCUCUAAGAGAAGCCUAUUGAGCUUUAAAGACAUUCGAAUGAAUGGCUUUCAUAUUGAGACUAAGGGCGAAGGAAACAAAGAGUUCUUUCAGAUCAUAGAGAUCGGCCAAGGCUAUAAGAAAGUCCUAGAGUCUAUACAUGCGCUCUCUACUGGCCUUUUACUAUGCUAAGAUCGGAAUGAUAGAGACCAAUGCUGGUGAGUUAACGUCCCAAGCGUUUAAUGAUUACUGUAUGUCCAUGGGGGUAAGUGUGGAACACUCCGUGGCACAUGUACAUACACAGAACGGCUUGACCAAACCAUUCAUAAAAUGAAUUCAGCUAAUAGCUAGACCAUUGCUUAUGAGGUCUAAGCUUCUGGCCACAGUUUGGGGACACGCGGUCUUGCACGCGGCCGAACUGAUUCGUAUAAGACCUCCUAGUGAACAUAGAUCUUCCCCAUUACAAUUGCUUACGGGUCAUGAGCCAGACAUAUCCCACCUUAAGACAUUUGGUUGUGCCGUCUAUGUGCCAAUUGCACCACCACAGAGAACAAAGAUGGGACCUCAAAGGAGGAUGGAGAUAUA